AUGAAUAAUUAUGAAAAUAUUUUUAAUAGAUUAAAUCAUAUUAAUAAUAUGAAGAAUUGGAUGUAUCAAUGGAUUAUAUAUUUAUUAAUUUACAAUAUUGUCGUUCCAUGUCGAACUAAUGAAAUUUACAAUAUGACAUCUAAUCAAGCAUUAACUUGUAAUUCAUUACUUACAAGUAAUGUAUUACAAUAUCAUAUAGAACAAUUAUUAACUCAUUAUGGUAAAGAUAGUGCAUACAAAAUUGGUAAUCCAAUAAAAUUUGGUACUGCUGAAUUUUUCGAUAUAAGAAUUAAUGGUUUAUCUGCUGUACAAUUCGCAGGACCAGUUGAUAUUAUUGAUCUACCAUCAGGAGAUAUACGAAUGAUAUUUACAUUAUUAUUUGAUUAUCUUGUUAUAAAUGGAAAAAUGAAAAUGAUCAUGUUUGCUACUAAACCUCGGUCAGUUGAAAUUAAAAUUAAAUCAAUUAAAAUAUUUUUGGAUUUACUUCUUAUACAACCAAUCAACAAUGAUCUAUUAUUACCGAUACGUGUAAAAAAAGUUACCGUUAUUCAUUGGAAUAAUCUUCGAUUUGAUAGUAAAGGUGUUUUUACAAUAUUUUUUAAAAUGUUCAAUCAAUUUCGUUUAUAUGAUAGUAUUAUUAAACGUUCAAUUGAAAAAGAAAUUUAUCAACAAAUUGAUAGAUCAUUAAAAUCAUUUUUUAUGGAUUAA